AUGAGGCGCUUUGCACUUGCCAGCGCUGCCCUCGCCAGGCGCCUGGUCCUCGCCCGCUCGCGCGCCCGCAGCACCGCGAUUUCCCAAGGCGUGUACGUACCCGCGACGCUGAGGCCUGACGCCACGCCCGACGAGGCUCCGAGCAGGACCGCCGGCGAUGAUAAUGUCUCUGGCGUGCUGAAGCGCUUUGGCGUCCAGCGUGUGCGGCCGUGGCUGGCGCACGCGCUCGCAGCGGCGGGGUUCGAGCGGCCGAGUGCGAUCCAGGCGGCCGCGAUGCCGGCGAUUGCGCGGCAUGCCGACGUGGUCGUCCACUCCGCCACCGGCUCCGGCAAGACGCUCUCCUUCCUCGUGCCGCUGCUCUCGCGGCUCGAGCCUGGUGUGCCAAUGCAGCUGCUCCUUCUCUCGCCCUCGCGCGAGCUGGCGCUUCAGACCGCUGCAACGGCGAGGCGUGCGGACAUCAUCGUCGCCACGCCGCUCGCGCUGCUGCGCGCUCUGCGGCUGGCGACGGCGCUCGACGCCGUGGUGCUGGACGAGGUGGACGCCUUGCUGCCGCGUCCGGUCGUGCGCGGCGCCGCUUCUCCGCCGCGUCGGACUGCCCACGGCCCGCGCUCUCGCGGCCGGUUCGACCGCGACUUUGGGCGCGACCGCGCAGGCCGCAGGGUGCCGGACACCGUGCGAGCCUACCGCGAGCUGCGGUCGGAGCGCGGCUGCUUCCAGCUGCACUACCGGGCCGAGGCCGGAGACGCGGCGGGCCGGCUGGGCGAGUUCGUGUCGGAGCUGCGCGCCGCGGGGGUGACUCAGGCGGCGCAGCGCGGCGCCGUGGUCUCUCUGCUCACUGCGGAGGAGAGCGGCUGCCUCGGCCUCUUUGCCCGCCAGCUGCGCGUCGCAAUACGGCCCCUCAGUGACGUGUCCCCAGUUGAGUUGUGA